AGGGGUCAUCUUUUUAAGACCCUUUUAAGGGGGGAGGUCAGACACAGCACGCUUUGCUUGUUGAGCUGAACAAUCCAACGUUUAUUUAGGGGACGUGGCCAGGGUUGCGUGCCUAGUGCUCUCAAAAUUCCAUUUUUUCCUGUUCUGGGUUUUUCGGGCAAAGGGAAUCUUUAUCAUCUUCCGUUCCUCUUUUCUCUCUUGCCCCUUCUUCUUCUUCAUCUAAACAAAUCACCCUCCCUUUACAAUAUACCUUCCUAUCUCGCAGAAAGAUAAGAGAGAGAGAGAGAGAGAGAGAGAGAGGAGGUGAACCCACUAAGCGUGCCAAUAAUAAAAACCAAAGUCAUAUAUCAUUCCUCCCUAUCAUAGCUCCCUUUAUUUGCUUUUGGGAGAGUGUUGAUCAUUAUUAGGUUUUUUUCUCUUUCGCUUUUGCUUGGUGGGGUUCUGUAUCUGUUCUUCUGGGGUUGGUUAUAAGAACCUAAGAGAUGGGUGGUUUUUUCAGUUUGUGCUCCCUGUGUUUUCCCUCGAGUGUUUGAGUUUCUGAAAGGCUGUCUCCUUCUUGAUACCUGGUUGAUGCUUUUGGCUGGUUUUAAGGAUGUGUGUCUUCGUGACUUUUUGCUUUGGUUGAGUACCUACAAUUCCUAGAUAGGUAAGUCUGAAAGUUUCUAUUUGGCUUUGGCUUGUUAUCUUUCUGGCUUCCUAGCUCAAUCCAUUGAAACAAGCACGUUCUUUUUUGUGGUACCUCCUUCAACCAGUCACUUUAAGUCUCUCUUCUGUGUGGUAGCAUAUGGAAGGAGUUUCAGGAAAUGGGGUGGCCUGUCCUCAACUGCUGGAUUUGAUGUCCAAUAACAGAGAAUGGCUUGUGAUGAUUGAUGAAGCCAAAGCUCGUGGUUCUACAGAAGAGAAAAAGCUGGAGCUCAGGCUUGGUCCACCAGGCACUGAUGACUGGUUCAACCAAAAACAGGACAUGAACGGCAAGGGAAGAGACGAGGCACUCCUUUCCUUCUGCCACUUCCCUUCCAUGGCCUCCACACAAAUCGCCACCAACAAUGGUGGACACCAAGCCCAAAAGUUUGGCUCCUCAGAAGCUCUGGCAUCUCCAUGGACCGGUACAAAUUACAAAGAGAAUUGCCAAAAACUGCAAGAGCAAGAGCAGAUGAAGCCACCCAGGUCAUAUUACCAGUUCCCAUCAACAAUCUCUCAGAGCAAGAACUUGCCUUUCUUGCCUAAGGAGGCUUCACAGCCCAACUGCAGCAAUAAAGGGAUGAACUUGCAAGAUUCAGGAAUGAAGAAGGCAUUUUCACAAGCCUCUGUCUCUGCUGCAAAUACAGCUGUUCCCAGUGUCUCUCAGAAAAGAACUGCGCCAGGUCCCGUGGUGGGUUGGCCUCCGAUUCGCUCAUUCAGGAAAAACAUAACCAGCAACAGUUCCACCAAACCAUCUCCUGAGCCUCAAAAUGAGACCCCAAACAAGGUUGCCAGGGAAGACAAGCCCGUCGAAACCUGCGAAAGGAAGGGCAUGUUUGUGAAGAUCAACAUGGAUGGUGUCCCCAUUGGAAGGAAAGUCGAUCUCAAAGCCUAUGAUAGCUAUGAGAAGCUCUCAUCUGCUGUUGAUGAACUCUUCAGAGGCCUUCUUGCAGCCCAAAAAGAUUCCUCAGCUGGUGGAAUCAGCAAGAAGCAAGAGGAAGAGAAACCAAUUGCAGGUGUAUUGGACGGGAGAGGGGAAUAUACUCUUGUUUAUGAGGAUAAUGAAGGAGACAGGAUGCUUGUUGGGGAUGUGCCAUGGCACAUGUUUGUAUCCACCGUCAAGCGAUUGCGGGUGCUGAAAAGCUCUGAAGUUUCUGCAAUGUGCCUGGGUACCAAGCAUGGCAAGAAUAGCCAUGAGAUGAAGAACUAAUCAGAGGAUUUUUUUCAUGAAGGAUUUCCUGAGGAAGAGAAGACACUAUCUGUGUUCAUGUUUGACAUUUGACUUGAGAUCUUUGAUCAAUGAGAAGUAAAAAAUUAUCUGUGAGCUAACUGUGUAGAAUUUCCAAAGCAAGUCGAUUCGAGAGGGUCGUUUGGGUUUGCUCUUGUUGGAGAUCCUCUUAGUUUUGUAAAAAGACUGCAGGAACUGGUUUUGGGUUCAUGUAAUAUUGAAUGCUACAUUAUGUGAGAGAUUUUCAGAUACUUUCCAA